GUGUGCUCCUCCUGCCCGGCCGUCGUCGUCAUCGUCGUCGUCGGUUUGUGGCGUACUUAUCUCUUGGACUUACUCCUAGGUGCACCCACGUCAUCGCCUCGCGAGGUUGCGAGUGAGCAAUAAGCAGAGAUAGGUAGGCCACCCCCUUAUCUAACAAACCAUUCUUACGUGUUGUACAAUUGUAUAUGUGUACAUACGUGCUCGUGGGUUAGAUUAGUUAGACAGAAUACCAAUACUUGAUAUAUUAGAAGGAUGGGGCAGUGAGGCAUACGCGAGCGGAGAAUAUUGUCAUCAGGACGGCAGUGUGUAUAUAACGUUAUUAAAUUCCUCCCGCCCGCCUCCUCUCUCUCAGGGAACAACGCUAAUCGAGAAUCAAGAAGAAUUUUCGUGCGCGUGAUACAGUGGUAGUAGUAGCAGUAGCUGAUGUACGUACGUCUUCGUCUACGGCUACGUUAACGUGUGUGUGUGCGUGUAAGUGUAUUUCGGUCGUCGUUCGUGAGUUUCGUGCGUCUACGUCCUCACGUUUCUGCUUCUGGCCUCGAAGACGACGUUGCUGCUGUUAACUGCUGCAUCGGGGCACAUAGUCGAGCUGUGGGUAGGAGAGUCACUGCUACAGAGCUGCUGCUGCUGCUGCUGCUGAUGAUGAUGCUGUGUGUGUCGUGAUUUAACGGAUACGCGUACAUGCAUACGUACAACCUAAAUACACAUACAUACACGCAGACUUACACUUCGACAGAGAAGAAGAGGAAGGUGGUGUACCUAUACUGUACUCGAGAGUGAGAGCAUAAUCAGCAGAAGCCACAGCUUUUUUAAGAAGAGAACAAGAAAUAACGGAGGCAUAUACGCGAGUGCAGCUGGGGAUCAAAGGCCUCGUGCACAGAACAGAGAUCGCCAGCGUAUAUGAUAUUCCAUUCGGAAAAUGAAUCGACAUGAAGGGGUAAGCUGUGACUCCUGUAUGAAAGGAAAUUUUAGGGGUCGCAGAUACAAGUGCCUGGUGUGUUAUGACUACGAUCUGUGUGGCACUUGUUAUGAGGCUGGUGCCAGUACAACUCGACAUCUCGCAGAUCAUCCCAUGCAGUGUAUACUGACAAGGCAAGAUUUUGAGUUAUAUUAUGGAGGAGAAGGAGUGAGUGUUGAACAACCACAGUCUUUGACUUGUCCAUAUUGCACAAGGAUGGGAUUUACAGAAACAACAUUACAGGAACAUGUAGCUGCUGACCAUCCUGAUACUUCCUUUGAAGUGAUCUGUCCAGUGUGUGCAUCCUUACCGGGUGGCGAGCCAAAUCUUGUUACAGAUGACAUUGCUGGUCACUUAACUUUGGAACAUCGCAGUGGACCAAGGGAUUUGAUAACCUUUCUCGAUGACUCAGCUUCCAGUCGGCACGGAGUGAGGCGGAUAAAUCAUGCAGCUAGAGGUGUAUCUGCCACCAGACCACGCAGUUCUACGGGUGGUCUAAGCCCAAGCAAUAGAGACGGAAUCGACCCAAUAGCCGAAUUACUUUCACAGUUGUCUGGCGUUCGAAGGAGCGGAGCUAGCAGUAGCGGUAGUGGUAAUGCAAGUCAAAGUUCGUCCGCGCCAUCGCAGUUGCAACAGCUGCAGAUGCAAUUACAGCUCGAGCGUCAGCAAGUGAGAGCUGCCAGACAACAACUAGAACGAUUGCCAAAACGACAGACUCAACUGAUGGGGUCCUCUACUGGUACUACCAGCAGCAAUGGAAGCCAUUCAAGUACCAUGCCAAACACGGCACUAAAUAAUACGACUAGUAACAAUAACGGCACCAGCUCUGUAAAUCCAUCCGGCAUCUCUGCGUCGAAUUCACAAAACUCGACGUUUCUUCUCCCUCGAUGCAUAGCGAGCACACUAUCUGAUUCGCAGCUGCAGAAUAUUGAGAGGGAGAGCGCGAAUCGCAGCCUCUUUACGCGAGAACUUGUGGUGAGCACGCUAGUCGAGGCGCUACCAGAGUUAACCGUGACGCAGCAGCAGGCAGCCUUGAGCGUACAAACGCCCAUAUCGACAGCCCAAAGCAGUCCCGAGACGCCGAGCAGCGCUGCUGCAGGCACGACCGCUGCAGUCUGUCAGGCACCAGCCAAAAAAUUAGCCGGUGCAGGCAGCAGUUCUUCCUCGACUUCCUCCUCGUCAUCAUCGUCGUCAGAGCAACAGGAGGGUGCCGGCAAAAGAGGACAGAACUGCGGUGCUGCUACUGUUCCCACGAGCAAGUAUAGUGCGGUGACUGCCCAGCAGUUGCAGCAAUCACAGACUCAUUCGGCAACUACCAAUCAACAGCAGCAGCAGCAGCAACAAGCACAGAGUCCGAGUCAAGGACUGCCCACGGCUAAUGCACAGAGUGCCGCGCCUGUCGUACCAACGCUCAUGCACGUAAUACCUCAGCCACUGGUACUGCAGCAGCCACUGCCAAUAAGGAACACUGGUACUGGUACAAUUAGGGAACAGAUGGCAACGCCUCCAGCGAAUGCCUACGUGAGACCGGGCGUCGGCCCCGUAGGUGUCACAACAGGCCCGUCACGUCGAAAACCCGUGAGGACCGUGGACGGCCGAAAUCAAUCGACGGAGCCACCACCCCCGCACUAACGAGACCUCCUCUUUAUUUACCCCCUUCAGCAACACCACCCGCGCACUAUCAUCAUCCCCGCAAUCAUUUCCCUCCUUCAACUGUUGCCGGAGAUCACACGUUUUAACACACCCUCCUUGAUACUGACAUUUCCUCACCUUCGUACGAAUUCUCGUUUCCUUUACUUCCCGCAUUAUUUUUUUCCCGAGUUUAUCCAAAAUUUGUAUUCGGUUCGUUGCUGUACACGAAAAAAAACGUGCAAACGAGGAGAAAAUAAAGGCUCAAGAGUGCGAGGCAAAAACAAAGAAAAAUCGGUGUAUCAAAAUACAUGAAGCAACGAGGAAGAGCGCGAAAGAGACAGAGCAAAAAAUAAUACAAAACCUACUAGCACUAGUCCUAGCACUGUUUAGAACACCUCGUCAUUAUUGUUAUAUUAUUAUAAUUUAUCUAUAACAUUUACUUACGGAUUUUAUUCAUUCAUUUUUCAUGAUGCGUAUUAGCGAGGAACAAAAAAAAAAAUAUUGUGAGAUUUCAUUUUUUUUUUCCGCGUUCAGUCGUGAAAAACGCUGCUACACGCACGUCCUCUUUGAAAUGAUAAAAAUAAAACAAAAAAUAUAUAGUUUCACGUGUAUAAUGUCACAAAUGGUUUACGUACUGUCGAUUCGUUAGAGUGCAAAAAACAAAUGCGAGAACGACGAUUUAAACUAAUGAAAAUAAAGACGCUUGUGUCUCGUUAUAACUAACGUUGAUAAUUAAUCUACCUUUGUCAUAAAUACCCUAUUUUAUGUAGAAAAUUACUUGCAACAAAAUGUUAGUGAAUUUGGCUUGUUGUAUGAUACAUUAUUCAAAAUUUGCAAAGACUUUCUUUCAUUUUAAUUUUUUUUUAGUAAAAAAAAUCAUCAAAUUUGUAAGCGCGUUUUUUUAUUCGCAAGUGCUAUAAUUUUUUUAACUACUUCUCUUCCACGGCUAAAAAUUGGUUGUUUUAAAAAUUCUGUUUAAUUUUAUAACAGUUAAUGUUAAUGUUUUUUCUCUCCUUGCAGUACGAGUAUCUUCUGAAACUCUGCGCGUUUCAUUUUGCCAAUCAUUGUUAAGACUUGAAACCUUCAGAAACCUUGUGUGAAACCAUCAUAGUUAUUAAACUCAAAGGGAUGGCUUCAAUUACUUUGAAUAAAUUUUUAAUCUCCGUAAAUGUAUACUUUGUGUUAAACCAUAAAGUUUGUCUAUUAUGAAUACAAGUGAGCUGUGUUUAUAAAUAA